CAUUUUCAGGCGGCGUUACAAUCAAUCCACCGCCAACCGAAUUUCAAUUAGCGCCGCCGACGACGAAGAAUGGUGUCGGACUCGGAGCUCGUCGGCCGGCUUCGGGAGUUCUUAAGCACGUCUGAUCUAAACACGACCACAACAGCUAGCGUACGCCGGCAGCUCGAGCAAGAUUUUGGAAUCGAUUUGAAGAAUAAAAAGGCGUUUAUUAGGGAACAAGUCGAUCUUUAUCUCGAAAGUCAACAACAGAACGAAGAUGAUAACGAAGGAAACGAUGAGGAAGAAGAAGAGGAAGUUGAUGAAGAAGAAGAAGAAGAAACCAGCAAUGGCAAGAGUGGUGGUAGCAGAAAAAGAGGGUCAAAAAAGGAGAACAAAGAGGUGAAGAAAAAAGGGGGUGGAUUUACCAAGUUAUGUAGUCUUUCUCCCCAACUUCAACAAUUCACUGGGGUACCCGAAUUAGCCAGGACUGAGGUUGUUAAACAACUUUGGAUCUACAUUCGAGAACACAAUCUGCAAGAUCCAGCCAAUAAAAAGAACAUACUUUGUGAUGGUCCAUUACGUGAACUCUUUGGUGUGGAUAGUAUAGACAUGUUCCAAAUGAAUAAGGCUCUUGCAAAGCAUAUAUGGCCGUUGAAUUCUGAUGGUGCUCCAGUCAGUUUAGCACCAAAGGAAAAGCCGCAAAAGAAGGAAAGAGAAGAAGAUUCAGAAGAGCCGAAAAGAAAGGAGAAGCGGCAAAAGGGUGCUGGUGGUUCUGGUAUUCUUGCUCCAAUACCACUUUCAGAAGCUCUAGUGAAAUUUCUCGGAACAGGAGAAAAUGCAUUGGCGCGUUCUGAUGUUGUGAAGAGAAUCUGGGACUACAUUAAACAAAAUAACCUUCAGGAUCCAUCCGACAAAAGAAGAAUCUUAUGCGAUGACAAGCUGAAAGAACUCUUUGAUGUCGACACUUUCAAUGGGUUCACGGUUUCGAAACUUUUAACCACUCAUUUCAUAAAAGCUGAAAGGUGAGUUGCUCGGUCUUCCUUGUUAAGAACGUGAAUUAUUUUUGGGGAAAUUUUGCUUGAAUUAUUUAUCUCUAACCGCCUUCCUUGUUACCCUACAAUAUACAUCUUAUUUAACAGUUUGAAUGGAAAAAUGUCGAAAACCAAAGUGAUUAUUAGAAAAAACUGUUGGUUUUUGCUUCAGUUGUUGCAAAAUUACCUUUCUA